GCCAUAUUUGAUUCGAUUAUGCUGUUGUGGCUGCGACAACCAGUUUAACGAGUUCCAGCAGAAACGGUGCUUCUCUCCUCCGGUACGAGGCGGAUCCACUUCCCCGCGACCGACUCCCUCUGCCCCGGUGACGGAUCCGAACCAGCCGAGCUCCACCAUGAACCCCGAGUAUGAUUAUUUAUUCAAACUGCUGCUGAUCGGUGACUCUGGCGUCGGGAAGUCGUGUCUGCUGCUGCGGUUUGCAGAUGACACGUACACAGAAAGCUACAUCAGCACCAUCGGCGUGGACUUCAAGAUCAGGACCAUCGAGCUGGACGGCAAAACCAUCAAGCUUCAGAUCUGGGACACGGCCGGGCAGGAGCGAUUCCGCACCAUCACGUCCAGUUACUACAGAGGAGCUCACGGCAUCAUCGUGGUGUACGACGUAACAGACCAGGAGUCGUUCAACAACGUCAAACAGUGGCUGCAGGAGAUCGACCGCUACGCCAGCGAGAACGUCAACAAGCUGCUGGUCGGUAACAAGUGUGACCUCACCACGAAGAAGGUGGUGGACUACACCACAGCUAAGGAAUUCGCCGACAGCUUGGGAAUCCCCUUCCUGGAGACCAGUGCCAAGAGCGCCACCAACGUGGAGCAAGCCUUCAUGACCAUGGCGGCCGAGAUUAAGAAGAGGAUGGGCCCCGGGGCCACGACCGGCGCCUCUGAGAAAUCCAACGUGAAGAUCCAGAGCAAGCCCGUCAACACCUCGUCCGGCGGCUGCUGCUGAGGCCGGAGGAAACCAAACGCCACCACAUCCGAACCCCAGAGCCCGAGACCAGUGUCCAUGUUACGACGCUCCACAAGACACCCAGAGGGGGAGGGGGGGGGGGGGGGGGGGGGGGACAGGAAGAGGACGAGCUUGUUAUUGUGCUCCGCCCCCAACCUUUCUAAAUCUGCAAUAGGACGAUAACCUGCGCUAGCGUUUCUUCAUCCGACACCAAAUCAAAGUCUAACGUUUUUAACCGUGACAGGAAUUCACUCGUCUUCUUCUUCUCUCACUUUCCUCCGCUCCUCCCUCUCUCCCACCCUCCAAACAUCGAGUCCUCUUGGUUUGACCGCCGCCCGAACACGAGUCGCUGAGCACCUUGAAUGAAGCACAUGCUUAAAAACCAGCAUCACGCAUGUUAGAGCCAAUCACACGCCCCCUGUUGUGUCACCUGCUCCCACGUCCCAUCGUGGCCGUAGACGACAUCGUCAACAUCGUCCACACGCGUGUCCACACGCGUGUCCACAGGCGUGUCCACAUGCGUGACCUCUGAUCGAGCCCAGUUUGUACCAUAGUUAACAUUCCUGUACACACGCAGAACGUGUGCGUGUGCUCUGCUGGGCGUCAUGUGUUAAGCGUGUGCUGCAUUGGGAGACGUGUCGUCGGCCGUGUUGAUUUCUCUGCUCAUGUUUCUCAGCACAACCACAGUAACGAACCUAUAAACUGUAUAUAUUUAUACAUACGUGUAACAUGUGAUCUGCAGAUUGUGUAGGGAAGCGAAUGACAUGAUACCUGAAGCUGAAUUAGUUCCACACGUGAUCGGUGGCUGCGGACAUAACAUUUUUGUGGCACAAUGUCGACUAUUAAAACCAUGAAGGAGAUCUUUGAUAAGUGCUGCUGCUGCCGUGUGGUUUUUUACUUCUUCUUUGUUCAACCUUUGUUUUCACUGAAACGUAAUCUGAGAGGAAUGAUGACCUCUGACCCACAUCGGUCAGAAACCUGCUGGUGGCCUCUUUAUUCCGACCGCGUGUCUUUACCAAGUUCCACUGAAACACUUGUGACCUGCUGCAGGUUUCUAUCUUAGUAAAACGGUUUGGUUUUUAAAAUGCUGCAGUUUAAUCUAAUGAUUUUAAUCCAGACAGAUCCAACCAUUAAACCACGAGCUCAGAGCGUUACCAGUUUAAAACCAACUCCAGGAAACAUGCCACAGGCUGGGAGCUCAGUUCAGUUUUUCUUCCACGUGUGACACAUCUUCUCAAACAGUUUAAUAAAAGAUCUUUGUCUGUGUCA